CUAAUACGCAUGUUCUGAUUUCUUUAGUCUGUCAAAAAAUCUGGUAAAGUAGACAUCAAACUUCACGCGUCAACUAAACCCUAAGUAAAUACAACAAAAAGUCUGAAGAACGGCAAAUGACAAAAAUGAUGGAGGAUAAGCAAAUGAAAAAACAAGAUCAUUCUGAUCAACAAAAAUGCUUUUCUAUUGACAUGACCUCAGCUAUUGCCUUUGAUGGUGUAAACUCCAACUGUCUGAAGCAAUGUGUAAUAUUAAAUCUUCUAAGAAACUUCAUCAUGGCCGGCAGACAUUAUGAUACGCGUAAUCCAAGUAUAAUAAUGUGCAGAGAUUGCCCUCUACUGGAGAAUAUUUUCAAAAUGGCCGCCAUCCACGUGUCCCAGGUGGUCAGUGUACUGUCCAUGUCACUUAUUUGCGAAUACCAUGAGAUUCUCAUGGAUUCCGGAGUAACGCAGAUAGAUGAGACUUCAACGACAUCUACAUGUAACUUGACACGAAAGUUUAAACUUUCCGCUAAAUUGUGGAGCUUGUUUUACUCUGCUGCUCUUAUCUCUACACAGAAGCUGUUCUUAUUUAAAGAAGCAGCAUCCCUCCUCUCAAUCUAUAUUGUAUCAAGAAAAGAGCAGCUCUUCGACCCAAGAAACAUCUUUGUAGCGAUAGUUGAUCAAGAUCCACUGGGCGAGGUGUUUGAAGUUUCAGCGUUUCAUCGGAGUCAAGUUUUUUAUUUUUUGAGAAAGCACCUGAUUCCGGUAGAAAAAGAUUAUCUGUUUAAGCUGGGUAGACCAAAUUAUGAUCGGGGCAAUUCGGCAAUGGCCACCUCAGUUACUAAAAAAGCUAUUGUUUAUUAAGAAACAAAUGUUUUGUAGUAAAGACCAAUAAAAUGAUUCAUGGAUGA